AUGUCAGCUUCACGGUAUCCGGACAACAGCAGGUAUGCACGCGACAGAUCACCACCCUACCGGGACCGAGAUCGAAGACCUUCCAACUUUGGCGGCGGAUACCCCCCAAGGGGCAACGAGACCUUCAGGCCAAGUGCGGAUCCAGGCACCUUCUCCAGAGAAGUUCCCAAGGGCCCGAAAUCGCUUGCUGAUCCGCCACGUGUUCCCCCAGUAGGGCCACCCUCGAGUGCGUCUUCAGCUCCGCCUCGUGAUGAUAGAGGCAGAGGCUUUGCUGGACGCGGUGAGGCGACUCCUCUGCGAAAUGCACCGCCAUUGAGUAGUGGACCAUCGUCUUCGUACAACGCAAACUCCUGGAGGGCCGACCGCGACCGUGACCGUGAUUUUGACCGACGUGAAAGACGGCCAACACCACCGCGGCGCUCACCCAUACGUGACUCGAGAGAUUUACGUGACCAGAGAGACUUUGGUCCACGGGAUUUGGAUAUUAAUCGCGCCCGACGAAAUUCGCGAGACGGUCCUCCCUCCGCGGGUUCAACAUAUUCGGAUCCGCCUCCUCUUGGCACCUUAUCUUCGUAUCGCGGCACCGGCACCGGCAUCGGACGUGGUCGAGGUGGCUUUGCAGGACGCGGCAGGAACUUUCACGCUGAUGACCGUGAUCGACACCACGACCCACGUGAUCGAAUACCGGAACGCACAUCCUACCGGCCUCGAAGUCGCACGCCUCCGAGGCGUCAAGAGCGGGAUGUUCGAGACGACCGUGAUUUCGAUAGGAGAGAUCGCGACGAUCGGAGGUUUGUCAGAGAGUACGACUCUUAUAUAGGCCCAGCGGGUGCUGCCAAGCCUGGCUUACGCGCAUUGGAUACACAUCGUAGCUCAGGUCCCUCUGAUCUGCGACAUCUUCCAGGCACACCUACAGGACCCGCGCCCCAUUCAUCCCAUCAUGCAUCUCCCUCGGAUAGGUUGGGUCCACAAGGAGACUCGUACUCGAGGCGAUCUUCACUUGCUAUCGAGCCUCUCUCCGCCAAGGAUGUUCGCCGGGAGCCUGGUAAAGACGAAGCCCUAUUGGCUAGCCGUGCAGAGGCGUCCAGAGAAAGGUAUGCCCCACGUGCCUCGUCACCUCCCGCUUCCAUUCCGGCCUUUGGUGGAUCCAAUGUCUGGAGGGCACCCAUUCCUGAUAGCAAACCAAGUGCUGUUCCAGUGGCGCCACCAAAAUCUGCUCAAUCUCAGCCAACCCCUGCUUCGAGCAUGGCUUGCACUACUUCUGCCACGCCUGUUACGCCAAUAAAGACUCCCGUAGUUCCUACGGCACCCAAGUCGGCCAUACCGUCCGGUCUUUCACUCCUACCUCCAACUGGGCCCAAAGCUGAUCGCGCCCCAGACCGUCCUCCACCAGGAGAUGCAUCUAACCAAGAGAGUAGGCUGGGUCCUCCAGUUGCUCCCCGUAUGGAACCACCUGCUGCCCCCAUUUCUAUCGUCUCGUCUCAAGCAGCUGAUACACGAGGCUCAGAUAACGUAACCUCCAAGGCCCCGGUUACACCCCAUAUGCCUGCACCCCCAAAGGCCACAUUAUUUGCGCCCCCUUCUGCUCCAAAUGCUCCAAGUGCACCAUCGGGUCCAGCGAAGUCCCCUCCUCAAGGGCCUGCCGCAAGACCGCGCGCGCCGCCAAUAGCUCCCCAGGCCGCUUUACGGGCUAAUGUGUCGCCAUCCUUCUCAAGAGCAACGCUUCCCCCGUACGCCCCUCGGGACGCGUCUCCUAGUGCGGCUCCCCCAGGAUUCGGGCUACGUGGCAGUAGUGGGAGUGUCUCUGCAAUUAGCACGUCACCCAAGAGCCUGCCAGCAAACAUCCCGACCGGACCGAAAGCUGACAGAACCCCAAUGGCUUCCCGGCCUCUGCCACCAUACCCUCAAUCAGAGCGGUCCGGCUUUCCCCCACCAAGGGGACUCUUAACCGGAGGCCCCAAAAGUAUGCAAUGGGUGAGGCCAGGCUUUAACUCAAGCCGACCAUCUGUCCCCACCAAACGGGAGUUCCCAGCAGAAGACCGAGAACGAACAUUCGGUACUGUGCCUAAAGCCCCGAGGCUCGAGAACAGUGUUUCAGCUGCACAAUCGCAUCGUAACUCACAGGCGAAAUCAGUAUCACCCUCGUUUUCGCGUGUCUCGACCGAAGCGGAACGACCACGGGAGCGAGCUGUAUCCGCAGAGCGCCCUGUGAUGCCCUCGCCCAAGCCGACCACGAUCGAGACAAGGCGGCAUUCCGAUGUGGUAAUGGCUGAAGCAUCACCUCGUAUGGCUAAACCACCUAUGUCGGCUGCAUCAUCUGCACCAGAAGCUUUACAAGACUCUGACGAUGAUCUCGAUUUAGACGAAGAUGACUUUGCUGAAUCGGAAGCAAAGUACAAUCGGGAACGAGCUCUUCUGGAAGCCAAACGUGUCGAUCUAAGUGCUUCGCAUUUGCGCGCAACGAGUCCCUUACAAGAAAUUGCCCUCUUGUCGUGUUUGACUGUUGAUCACCUUCCACAGGCACAGCCUGACUUGGCGCACGGAGAGGAGAUAAGCAUGGAUUUGCCUCGGGAAGAAACGCAUCCAUCUCCCGCCCAGACACUUACUGUGGAGCCUGGAUCUACUCAGCCACCCCCAGAUAGCAUUACGGCAGAUCUACCAACACCUAAAGCUGAGGAGUCAGAGGAUGUCGACAUGGAAGACAAGGAUGAGGUGGAAAAAACGUCGGCUGCACCAGCCACUAUCGCACUUCGGAUUCGGCGCGAAACUUCUGCCGAGCAAGAGCCUCUCCCCGACCUUAGUGCGCUGCCUUAUCUUGGAUCUGGUCCUCCGACGCCGUUAUCUGACAUUGGACAAGACCGACCUAGCUUAUCUGACUCCGUCAUGGACGCCAUUCGAAGCAAAUUGCGUAAAAGCAUCGAGCCGGAACUGAACAUGGAGCAGACCCUAGAGCGAUAUGCUGCUGUAUACAGGGAGUGGCGGUUACAUAUUCGUUCUUGGGACGAGGAGCGUGAACACGACGACCAAGACAGACAGCCAUCAGCCGAACCCACUCUGAAGGCAGUCACUCCUGAUGUACAAAAUGCUGCGAUGACCGGAAUACUGGACGGAUCGCUCGCAGCUACAGGCCGAAGAAGUCACGCGAGUCGGUGGGCUACUGAGCUAGAUCUUGAGGCCGUUAUCAAAGAAUCUCUCAAGACUGCUGAAGAAGAGAAGCUAGGGAAAAGAGACAAGGAGCCACGGAAAGCCAUGGCUGAUCCAGAGAAAGAGGCAGACUUGCCCAUGGCGCUCACCGAAGCUGAGGCUCAACGACGACGAUUUAUUGAUACAAAUUUCCAACGCGAACCUGGCCAGGGAAUUUUUGUGUUUCACUAUGAGCCGCCCGAGGACGACUUUACUCCUGAGGAGCACCGGGUUAUGGUACAAAAUUAUAGGGACCAAUAUGCCAAGAAGUGGGGCAAGUUAGCUGAAGUUCUGUAUAAAGAAGUUGGAACGGAGCGCACCUACAAGGACUGCAUAAAUCACUACUAUGCUACGAAGUGGGGUAGAGAGUACAAAGGCAAGAUCCGCAAAGGGCGGGUCAGUAAAAGGCGUGGUGGUGGAGGUGUCGGUCGUGGUCGUGGAGCCAUUGCUAACAUGGACCGACCUGAAGUACAGGGAGAGGACGGUUUGCCAUUGCCUGUCACUGAGACUGGACGGCCUCGACGAUCGGCAGCUCCAACAUUUGGUCCAACAGAAGUCGUUUCUGAGUUCGAUCCGGCCUCAGGUACGGCCACACCGGGCCGAGCACGCCGGCAAACCGACGCCGAUGGCACACAAGAAAAGAAUGGACGUCGCGGAAAGACAGCAAAGGAUAAGCUCGGUCGAAAGGCUAAAAACAUGCCACUUGCAGCCGCUCCUAUAGGCUCACCUGUGAAGGUUGAUCGUAAAGACAAGGCCUUGGGAGUCAAGAUGGAAGAUGAUACGAGCAAGCGGCCUCUAGGUGAAAUGCCUAUGCCUAUUCAUGGGGCUAACAUGGAUGAUCAGAUGAUGUCAUCCGGUGAUAUGCAACAGCUUUCCAGUCUUAUGGAUCGACCAAAAACACAGGUUGGCGGCGCAAGACCUGGUCCAUCCAGCUACUGGUCGGUCUCCGAAUUGCAGGAUUUCGACAAGAAUGUCGCACACUUCGGCACAGACUGGAUUGCGACUGCAAACCACAUGGGCACCAAGACACACACCAUGAUCAAGAACCAAUACUUGCGCCUCGUUGAAGGAGGGAGAUCAGACCUAGAGCAGGUAGCGAAGGAGGCAGAUGUGCGGAGGGAACGAGGUGAGGAUCUUGGGCCACCGCCAACACCGACACCAGCGGCCAAAAGACGAUAUGAGAGUACACAGGCAACACCCAUUCGUCAGAUCGCACCCACACCCGAAGAAGGAUCUCCGCCCCUGAACCCGCUUGCGCUACCCAAAGUGUCCCCUCCGCAAACGAAUCCCUCUUCGAGGUUUUCCACCAUCGCUCAAGCACCCAUGCAAGCCAAAUCGCUGGUGCCUACAUCGGGAUUCCCUGCCUUACCAGAGACUAGUCUUGUGUCUGUACCUUCGAUGCCACCGCAGCAGUCACCCCCCGCUCCACCUCAACGUACGCAGUCGCAGCACCAUCACCAGCACUCCAUGUCGCAGCACAAGCCGCAACCGCAACAUCAGCCCCAACCCCAAUCCCAGCCCCAAGGACCUCGAGCCGGGUACUUUUCAGAAGACUUGCCUCCGCGUUUCGAGUCGCGGCCGCCUUCACAGCCCUCUAACAGCCAGCAAUCUCAUCGGUCGCUCCAGCAACAUGCGCCUCCACAGGCUCGCGCUCCUGAGCAGCAUCAUUCGCCUCUUUAUCGCGGACUCCAUUAUCAGGAGCGAGAAAGCGUUGGCAGAGCCGAAGUCCAGCAAGAAGAGAUACGACGAAGACAGGAACACCAACGACGUAUUUCCCAAGAGAUGACAAACCACAGAGCCUUCCCUCCGGGAAGUGGGCCCGUAAUCAUGCCUCCAGUACGCUCAACUUCUGGUGCGAGAUCACCCGAGCAUCGAGCCUUGCCAUUCUCACAUUCCCGGCACACAUCACAAGUCCAGCCGCUCGGCCAAGCUGCAGCAGCCGACGUGUAUUCACCGGCACCCAAUACCAGUCAUAACUCUCAUGGUGUGCAACAGGUACCAUCGCGGUCAUCUAUCCUCACACCACCUGUCAAAGAAGAGCCUAGGAAUCCACCAACAUCGCUUCCCUCCGCUCAGCCCCAACCAUUGCUGCAUUCACAAUUGCAGCACCCACAACGCAGCCAGCCAACUAUGCACAACACUCCUCCACCUGCUGUACCUAAGCCUGCUGCUGAGCCGCGAAAGUCGAAUCUAAUGUCACUCCUCAACGACACUGACCCAGAGGAGCCUAGACGGAAGAAGCCAAGCGAACAGGGGCCUCCAUCGCACAGCUCUACACCUCAGCAGACCGCACCGAUUGCACCGCCUCCGCCAACAACCCAAAGCUACUCGUUGUCCAGACGUCCACCCUAUGAAGACACCAUGGUAGUUCAGCCUCCCUUUUCUCGCCAAUCUUAUGCUCAACAGUCAUCAAUUCCUACUGCUUCAUCGAGCAGGCCAAUCGACUUGACGGACGACAAACAGCCGCCAGUAACUAGACCAAGCUUACGUGAUACAUGGCAAGCUCAGCAGCCGUUCCAUAGAGGGAUGUCGCAGACUCCGCAACUUGGUUCAAUUUCAUCUUCGCAGUCUGGGUUGCCUCAGCCGCCUGUUGCUCAUGAGAGGUCAUACGCCAACCAUCGGUCUGUCUUUGGUCAGCAUAACACGCCGCGCCAGAAUCCAACACCGCCACCUCUUUCCGGUUUCAACAAUUCGCCAAACCCUCAUUCGCGUACACCAAGCAUAAGUGGACCACCUGGUUCACUGCCUCGACAUGCAAUCCCAGGUACAACAUCGACACAGCAUGCACAGGCGCUAAACGCCUCGGCACAGAUCCUGCAGCCCAACCCAUAUGCACAAGUCGACCCACCGGGAAGUGGCGGACCACCAUCUGGACCAAUGGGUAUGCGUCCGAGCCCACACCUGCCGGCAAGCCAUAUAUCACAGCAGCGAGACUCAUCUGGACGCAACGACCAUUCGCAGACCUCGAACGCAAAUUUGUCAUAUUCGAACCCCCAAACGCCGAAUGAGCUUUCAGGCCAGCAUCCUUUCCAGAGCUUGAAUCGGUUGACUGAACCGUACCGGCCCCGUGAUCCCCGUGAUGCCCAUGAUAUGGAUCAUCGACAAAUUUCAGAUCGCGAUACCAGUCGUGAGCUAUCUCAGAGAACCGACUAUCUGCGUGAUCAACUCUCCAAUCCUGUGUCACGCGCGACUGGUCCACCAAUGCACGAGGAUAUGCGUUAUCAGCCUCAAGAUCGCGUGUAUCUCUCGCAACGAUCUCAGACCCCGCUGUCUAGGCCCGACCACGGUCAGCCUCCGCCUUUGCAGCAUCCCCCACAUUCAUCGCUUGGUGUGGCAAAUCACUCUCUCUACAGUCAACGUGUACCGGAUGAACCAUCACAUCACUUUAUGCGUGACCCUCAGAACCGUAGCAUAUCGAACCGUAUUCGCGAAGAACACGCACAAAUGCAACAUCACCACCAUGCGGCGGCUCAUCGCGAGGAACAUGUAAGAAGAGAAAACGAGAUGAGGGAGCGGGAGAUGCGGGAACGCGAGAUGAGGGAUCAUGAGAUGAGAGAUCGUGAUAUGCGGGAACGUUCCGCCCGUGAUGCACAUUAUAGGGAAAGCAUUAUGAGAGGAAGAGACAUGAGAGGACCGCCACCACCCCCAGGAUCGGGACCUGGAUCCAUGUCUGAUCAACGCCCGCCUCCUACUACACCCAUGGACUGGGUCAAUGGCGUCAGGCAUCAACAGGAGCGGGGCCCUUGGCAGCGUUGA